AUGGAAUCCUUUAACAGUAAAGACUUCCUUCAAUGUUUUGACCAACUGGCGGACUCUGACGCUCUGCGUCGGAAGCAGGCCGUAGACCGGCUUCUCACAACUCUAGCGCUGCCUUCAAGCGUGUCCGAAGAUAAAGUAGAUACAUCUAAGAACAGCGGAGUUGCAAAGGGUGCUUCGAACGAUAAGUAUAAGAAUCCGCUUUCGGCACAACGCAGCUACCAAUUCAGGUUUACUGCAGAUGGCCAUAACCUUUUGCAAUACACUAUAGAUCGACUGCUGAGAGGGCUCAAAGCAGAUCGUAAGUGCUCCCGUACCGGUUUUACAAUUGCGCUGCUUUCUGUUUUGUCACUCUACGGUGAGAACGUCAAGAAGGAUGUUUUGCUACAGGCAGCGCUAGCAUACACAACACUCAAAGAUAGUGCUCCCUCGGAAGCCAAAGAUAUACUUUGUGGACGACUGUAUGCUCUCUUCAUCCUUCACAAAAGCGGGGUUUUCCGCAGACCGAUAGCAACGGAAACGUUAGAAAAAGUCUUCAAAAGUAUAUGGGAAGCAUAUGACAGCAAGAUAUACUUUCAGGAUGCCGCAUGUGUACUCUCGUGGCUGAUAUCCCGGGAUCUGUUUAGACUCACUAAAGAUGUCGGUUUGACAUUACUGCACAUUAGAAACAGGCUUUCUGUUGUACUUGAUCGAAGUUUUGUUGAGGCGACGUUCAUCGGCGCAAAGGAUAAAAAUUCCACCGGUAAUCGGCAGGGUCAUGAUCCUAAAAAUACACAAAUUGGGAAAAACCUUGCUGGAGUACUACCAUGUGCUCUGUUUGGACUCUACCUGAGACUUCACAACGAUAUUGCAGACGUCGAUAAGAAGCUGCUGACUGGGACGGUGCUUGAGAGAUCGCCGCUGGACGAGGAAUACUUUUCUCUGGUGUUGCGUUAUGUCUCGUGCGUACCGAGCAACCAUCCAGUUAUCGGGUCAUUUUUUGAUGUUCUUGUGGACAGCAUUUUGGGCAGUGAUUAUGUUAAGGACAGGUUGCAGCAGCUCUGGCGUUCCAUUAACCUCACCAUGCUGGAUCUUAAAGGUGGUAGCAGUCCACAAAGGGCCUUCAGCGGCCUUAGGCUCACAGCGAUGCUACUUAUGAAGGUCAGACAUUCCCCUAUGUUGUUAAAAUUGCUAUUUAUGUCGGGAGAUAACUUAUUUAGACUUCUGUGCCGCUAUCACAACGGCCCUAAGGGCGAUCCCAUGAAACAUAUCGCUGAUUGCGUGAUGCAGCUCUUGGUGAACAUAUGCCAGGGUACUGAGACGAGUGCAACUUUGGAAGAUAUUGGGAACCCGGUAAACCCCGUAGUAAAUGACUUCAUAAUUCACGCCAACAUGCACCGGGCGUUCAGCGAGAACGACCCGCGGGCCCAUGUGAAGAUGGACGAAGGAGCAAACGAUAAGGGUGUCUCUUCACAAGGGUCUUGCAAAAUCCCUCUACCAGAACACAUUGUGGCAGAUUGUCUCCAUUCCGUCGCUAGUGCGGUUGGAUAUUCUGCUGUCUCUCUCACAGUAUUCCAGAACUUAUUCCGAGCAUUGCUGCGCAACAGCGCUAAUCUGGCAGCAACCUAUAGUCAGUUGGAGUCGAUGGUAGUGGAUAUAGAUAUUUCUUCAAACAAAAAAGUGUUCUGUUGGUUGUUGAGCAUGCUUCAGCUCUCUGUAGCAGUUGCACCCAAAGAUAUACGGAUAGAUCUGUUGAAGAGGUUUGUUACGAUGAAUUUACUAUGUAUAUCGGAUGCAAAUGACGAUAAGGGAAACAUUACGGUUACUUUGGGCCGUUUAAAGCACGACAAAGAGGAACUCAGAAUUUUGCUAGUCUCUAACAGGUCUAUAAAAUCGAUAACCUCGGAACAUCAUUCACCGGAUGCCCCUGCUACUACUAACCCUGAGGAUGGAACUGGAAGCAACCUCCCUUGGCUUUCUAAGCACAUGUUAACCUCUUCUUUGGCUUCCUUAUCGAAGACUUUGCAAACAUUGUCGCAUGAUAAGCACGAAGAUAACCGUCCUGACAGUUUGAGAUACAGUGAAGUGCCCACUUUGACCGGCGUUGUAACAUCGGUUUAUGACUUAUUGAAAGAAGUCGCCAACAAACGCACUGUGCGCAUUAAACCGGGGUUAAACGGUGCACUGCCAUUAGUAGAGAUGAAAGAUUCUAAGUCGCAUGAAACAACAGCGACCGAAGGGAACAGUAAAGUGUCAGUGGCGGCUAUUUCGCAGAAAUUGAUGCGUUGCAUUAUGAAAUUGCGAAAAAGUGGUUUUGAAGACGAGAAUAUGCAUCUGAUAUCGCUGUAUGGCUCCGCUACUGCACUCCUUCUAUCACUGCUAGAAUGGCACAUUGAACAUCUUACAAGGCUUUCUCUUGGCACUGUUUCAUCUACAGAGGCGAAAUCGUUGAUUUCUGAGGAAAAGCUGGAGAUCAUUGCCUCGUUUGCCGAAUCUUUUACGGAAGCUAUUGCCUCAAGUAAUGUUUCUUCGGAUUCUGUUUUGGGUUCCAUGCUAUCAGAUUCGCUUUUGGAUACUAUCCUUAGCGAUGAUAACUCAGCAGCAUUCGGCGUAGUGCACUCCAUAACCAAGGGGCUUUGGAACAUGUCACGUCGAAUGAUCACUGAAGAUGUGCGGGAAAUAUUACUAAAUAACUCUUUGAUCCAUAAUGAAUCGUAUGACAAUUCUGAAUUCGACAUCGAAGAGUCAGAAUCUGAUCCAGAAGACGAUGAAAGCAGCUCUGCAUCUGAAUCAGAUAAUGACAUUUCAGUUGACCAUAACUCGGAUGCUUCAGACACAUCAGAACCUGGGUUGGAAGAUGACGAAGAAGUUGCUGGUCUGGAAAGCGAUGCUGAGCAAAACCACGACGAUAGCGAGGGCGAAUAUUCGAAUGAGGAAGAGAUUGAUUCCUCUGGGGAUUCGGAUGAAUCAAGUACUACCCCUUCUACGAAACGUGCGAAGCACAGUACGGUGACGGAUCAAUCUGAUGAAGAAUCUGACGUCGAGUUGUCUGGCAAUGCAGCACUAGACGAAUUGUUGAAGGACGAAGAAGGUAACUUGGAAGCGCUUCGUAUGGAACGACUUAAACAUCGUUCUUUGUUUGAACUUACCUCUGAUUCAUUAAAAUUGAUGAUGAGGAAUCUUGACCUACUACAAUCGUGCAUUUCCGAUUGCAUUUUAGACCCGUGGUACCUACAGAUGCUUGUUCGGCUCCAUUCGUCUUACCAGAAAUCUGUUGAUAUCCAUAUAGGGAAACGUGUGGGUGGUGCAGUUUAUUCUGUGCUAGGAGAGUACGUUUCCAAGAUAAGAAAGGUCUUUACCGAGGCCCUGCGGCACGUUACCAGGCAACCACUUCGCAACAGUAUCAUUCCAGAUGACACCAAGGUGCUGCCUUCAGAGUGUAAAGUUGAUGCAGAUAUAACUGAUUCUGAUGCCAUGCUUCGUUCAUUACUGGAUUUGACGCUGCAAGCUCUCCAUGGUCAGAGGCUGGAGAAGGCUGCCAAAUAUUGCCGACCUCAGGCAGUUGCCGUUUUUGUGUUUGCAAUGCAGACCGAAUUAACGAUCAACCGAGGCAGAGCUGCAGUCCAAACUAUGAUGGUUCUUUUAGUGUCGCUAUUGUCAGUUUCUAUGUGCAAGAAUUCACGUAUGGGAACGAACUUUUUCGUGCAGUUGUCGCAGCGUUAUCCUUCAGCUUUCGCACGCAUGAACCUGGUGAAGCUUGCACUUGAGUCUAAGGUUGAGUUCGUUCAGUCGGAGUUGCUUUCUGUGUGUGCUAGUGCGGUGACGGCUAUCGCUAAGGAAAAGGAGAUGAAACCAACAAGGUUGUGCCGGCGUAAAUGCGGUAAGUUUUUGGAACUUAUUGCGUCUGAUGCAGGGCCACUCGGGAAAAUGAUGCCCGAAAAAAGCAAAGCAUUGUCUUUUGUGACUGACAACCUGUUGACGAGUACGCUGAAGUCGCUGCCUGAUUUAUUGUCUGCCACGCGAACAAAGUCGGAAACAGCGACAGCGUCAAAUGAGACCAACAAAGCUGGCAAGCGCCCAUUAAAGGCUAAAGGCAUCUCACCCACGUUGGCAAAAAGUAUCGGACGUUUGCUUUCUUCUGUAAUUCGGCCUAGUGCGUUAGCGCCUAGGUGCAAGACAGAACUACAGAAGGUAAAGGAUUCUUUACAAAAUCUCUUGGACGUGCUGGACACAUCUCAAGGAAAAGUGAAGCAUAUACAGCCUCUAAAGGCUGCAAUGGCCCAACUUAACCGUUUCUUAGACGAGUAG